AUGGAGGGUACAGUUUCAGCUACAGAGGCAGAGGAAGAGGCAGAAACAACUAUAAUUCAACUCCUCGAUUCAAUUCUGGGUUUUCCAAUUCCAGUGCAGGAAUUCUUGGUCCAGGAAAACCACAUGUUUCUACAUGUCCUGACCAUGGUUAUGAUAUUCCAACAUGCCAAAUUUGUAACAAACGAGGACACGUUGCUGUUGAUUGCUUCCAGAGACAUUCCCCCUCUCCUAAUCCACCUUCUAAGCCACAGUGUCAAAUUUGUUGGAAAUUUGGACAUACUGCCUUACACAUCUUCGGACCAGUUUUUGGUGGCUGAUACAGGAGCAACAUCUCACAUGACUUCUGAUUUGGCAAACCUUAAUCUCGUAACUCCCUUCUCUGGUGCAGAUACCCACUCAUCCACUCAAUCUCAUAACAUUUUGUCUCAGUCACAGGUGUCUGUUCAUAUACCACGGUCCUUACCACUCUUAGUCACUUCCCAAAACCUAGUCAUACCUCAUCAAACAUCUUCUUCACUUGCUUCAUCCCCUACAGCCUCAAAGUCUUCGCAUUCCAUAUCUCCUAGAUCCACAGAGUUAUUGCAAACACUUCCCUCUAAUGCCUCAGAAUCUUUGGAUUUCUCUACCCAUGAGCCAGCAUCUCAGAGUUCUACACAGUAUCGAAUCCCUAUUGAUCCAGAUUUUCAAAUAGAACAACUACCUGUUGUUCUUCCCAUUCCCUCGGUUAGUUUGCACCCCAUGCAAACUAGGUCCAAAAGUGGAAUCUCAAAACGAAAAGUGUUCACAGCAACUGUUCAGGCAUCUGCAAAAGACACUGAACCUACUUCCUAUAAAUCUGCGUGUAAAAGUCCUGAGUGGCAAGUAGCUAUGAAAGAAGAGAUAGAUGCUCUUCAUGCUCAGCAAACUUGGAGUUUAGUUCCUCUACCCUCUGGGAAGAAUUUGGUUGGCUUUCAUCCUUCUCAGUAUGUGUGUAAGCUCAAUAAGUCAUUGUAUGGGUUGAAGCAAGUUUCUCGAGCUUGGAAUGAAAAAUUUACAAGCUAUUUGCCUGGUUUGGGUUUUAAGUCCUCUUUUGCAGAUCCUUCAUUAUUUGUUAAACAUACUGAUGCUGGUACGGUUGUGUUGUUACUCUAUGUGGAUGAUAUUAUUCUUACAAGCAGUUCAUCUAUACUGAUUGAUGAUGUUAUUGUGGAAUUAACCAAAGAGUUUGAAAUGAAGGAUUUGGGUCAGUUGAAUUACUUUCUGGGGUUGCAGGUUACUUAUCAAUCUGGUGGCCUGUUUGUCUCUCAGUCCAAAUACAUCCAGGAUCUGUUAAACAAAGUUGAUUUGCAAGAUUCCAAGCCCUGUCCUACUCCUUGCUUACCAUAUCAUAGACUCCUCAAAGAUGAUGGCGCUCCUUAUCACAGUCCAGAGCAAUAUAGGAGCAUUGUUGGGGCCUUGCAGUAUGUGACUUUUACAAGGCCAAACAUAGCCUUUUCUGUCAAUCAAUGCUGUCAAUUUAUGCAUUCUCCCAUGACUUCUCAUGUUGUUGCAGUCAAGCGUAUUCUUCGAUACCUUAGUGGAACAAUAUACUAUGGUCUAAGCUUCAAACCUGGAAAAUUACAUCUGCAAGCAUACAGUGAUGUAGAUUGGGCGGGUGAUCCUAAUGAUCGCAGAUCAACUUCCGGACAUAUUGUAUACUUUGGUUCAAGUCCAAUAUCUUGGGCUUCUAAGAAGCAACACACCGUGUCAAGAUCUUCGACUGAGGCAGAAUAUAGAGCACUAGCUAUUGCAGCUGCAGAAUUGGCCUAG